GCUGCUGGGCGGGGAGCUCUCUCGGCCGCCUGCCUCUCAGUGGGCUCAGCAUUCACUCUUGCGAGCGGUGUGUACAGCUGGCUCUCUGGGCUCCCGGAGCCCCGCUUGCUCCAAGCGCACUCCAGCAGUCCGUGUCUGCUCUUGCCCGGCUCGACGGCGACAUGGGUGUCCUCACCGUCCCAGAGGCCAGCAACCCGCGCUGGGGAACCCUGCUCCUCGCUAUUUUCCUGGCUGCAUCCAAAGGUCUGGCUACAGCCUUCAAGGUCACCACUCCAUAUUCUCUGUAUGUGUGUCCCGAGGGGCAGAACGCCACCCUCACCUGCAGGAUUCUGGGUCCCGUGUCCAAAGGGCACGAUGUGACCUUCUACAAGACGUGGUACCUCAGCUCACGGGGCGAGGUUCAGGUGUGCAAAGAACACCGGCCCAUACGAAACUUCACGGCGCAGCACCACCAUCAGCACCACGGAGGCCACCUGGCUGCCAAUGCCAGCCAUGACCAGGCCCAGACACAUGGGCUGGAGCUAGCUUCUGACCACCACGGUAACUUCUCCAUCACCCUGCACAAUGUGACCCUAAGAGACAGCGGUCUCUACUGCUGUCUGGUGAUAGAAGUCAAACACCGCCACCCAGAGCAACGGUUUUACGGGUACAUGGAGCUGCAAGUACAGACAGGCAAAGGCUCAGCGUCUGCAUGCACAGCGUACCAGUCUAACGAGCAGGACAGUGACAGCAUUACGGCUGCGGCCCUGGCCACGGGCGCCUGCAUCGUGGGAAUCCUCUGCCUGCCCCUUAUCCUGCUGCUGGUCUAUAAGCAGAGGCAGGUGGCCUCUCACCGCCGUGCCCAGGAGUUGGUGAGGAUGGACAGCAACACCCAAGGAAUCGAAAACCCAGGCUAUGAAACCACUCCACCCUUCCAGGGGAUGCCUGAGGCCAAGACUAGGCCUCCACUGUCCUACGUGGCCCAGCGGCAACCUUCUGAGUCAGGGCGGCACCUGCUCUCUGACCCCAGCACACCUCUGUCUCCUCCAGGCCCUGGGGAUGUCUUUUUCCCAUCCCUGGAUCCAGUCCCCGACUCCCCUAACUCUGAAGCCAUCUAAACCAGCUGGGGCGCCAUGGACCAUGGUACCUGGGUCAGGGACAGAUGCACUUGAUCUGUGGCUGGCCUUUUAACAGACCUUUAUUUAGGCACUGGCUCCAGCUUCCUUGCGCCUGCUCUGAGCCUCGACUCUGCUUUUACAAGAUACACGGACCCUCCCCUAUCACUUUCAGAUGCUACUCGGGGGAUCAGGGAGAAGGUGCUGGAUGGCUCAUUGCUGUUCUCAAGAUCUUGGGAUGCCGGAUUCUCCCUAGAGACUUGACUUCGCCAACCUCAGAUGUCAAAUGACCCGCAUCCUACAAACGUCCAGCUUGGCAACAGCCUUUCUUCAUGGAAACCAGCAGCCAGGCUGGGAUGAGGUAGGCACCUUGCCACCCUCCCAAGCAAGAGACUCCUACACACUGUGAGGGUGUGGCUGGUCUGCCUGUUUACCUAAGGAUACUCCUCUGUUGGCCUGACUCUAUCUAUCCCCUGGAUUCUGGAGCUUGACCGGCCUAUGCCCUACUCGAGGAGCUACCUCAGCAGCCUCCUGCCCUCAACCUGAGGGUCUGUCAACAGUUUAGUGACUCUGGGCUUGCAUUGCCUGUACGGCUGUCCACAGGGCUCAGUGGCCAGAAGCUCCGAAACAGGAAGUACAUGUUAGGUUCAGGAACCACAGUGAGCUCAUUAGUGUCUUGGGCAAAGUGAGGCCUGGACCAGUGGACAUGGAGGGUGGCAAGGGCAUGAUGGGGACGAUGAGGGGAGACGCAACUCCUUCCUGUCCUCGUCAUCCACCACUACCACUGUUCAGUGCGGAGCAAUGGCCAAGGUGACCGACCUCCACAGUGUCCUAAUGACGCUGGGCCACUUCUAAGUGUGAAGGAGAUGCUAUUAAAAACAGUAUGGGCAACGGCUGGGAACAGCUAUGAAUGGAUUGGAGGUACUGGCUGUAAGGCCCUGGGGGUGCAGGGCUUGGUAUGGGGGGGGGGGUUGUGCUAAGGGCCUAGGGAUCACUCUGCUUCUGAUCACUGUUCUUCCGAGCCUCACCUCAGGGUGACCUUCAGGCACACAGAAGAGCUUGUCCCUGCUCCGAUGCUACUCUUGGCUCUCAUCUCCAGUGUCUGGCAUGACCCGAGCACAUAAGGGGCGUCUUCAGAAAGGAUUUUAAAGCAUGAAGAGAAAGGGUAGUUCCUUUGAGGUAGGAAUGGGGCAGCUGAUGUCUGAGGGUGAGGAGGGAUACGGCUGGGCAAGUCACCCUCCAGUCUCCAGAGGGACAGAAGCCCCAGUACUGGGAGAGCAGCAGUCCAAUGGUACCAUUUGUCUUUCUGCAGUUUCCCCUGGCUGGGCUGAACUGGGCCUGGGUAGAAAAGCUCAUGCUUUGCGUCUGCAGGCAGGGAGAACCCCAUUCAUUCCCUGAGGACAGAUUGGGGGGGCGGGGGAGGGGAAGAGAGAGUUUCGGGCUGGGACGCAGCAAUAAGCUACCUGCUGGGAACCAGACAAGUUGUCUGAUAAGGUCCAAAAGCAUAGGCCCCGUGGGAUGCCAGGUAUGCCGGGGCUUGGGGAUGCCAGAGGCUUUAUAUCAUCAUCAUAGGAGUGUCGGGGUGGCCAGGACAUCAAAACCAGGACCCCUGUUUUAUCCUCAGGGUCCUUUCUUCUGCGCCAGCCAUUGUCGAGACUCUAUGCAGUUACUAUAGACAGAAUGUGUUGCUCUUUUGCCUUUGGGAAUAAUGGGCUGGUGAAGUGCCAGCUGAUUUGUGGCGGGGCAGUGGGUCCCGUCAAAGAAUAAAACCCACAGACCAGUAGUAUGAUGAGUAUAGCCUAUCCCCUGGGUGGGGGGAGCCUGACCUGUCUCCAGCCCUAAGCUUCAGACAUCACCACCCAAAUGACUUCUAAGAAUUUGACUGUGGGGACCCCUGCAAGGCUGCAGCUCCGUGGAAAGGAGAGGAAGCCCCUAGCAGAAAGCCACUCACUUCCUGCCCAGUUUCCUCCUAUAGGGCUCUAGUCUCUUCUUCUUGGGACCUUGCAAGCAAAGGCAUGUCAGCUUGGUGGUUUCCUGUUUUUGGUGAAGUUUUGUGUGGUUCGGGCUCUGUCUACAUCCAUGAACUUGGGUGCUACCAACUUGCUACUGUGGAGACAGUAGCAGGGUCUUGGGGUAGAAAAUAGAGGUGCCCUGAGGUACUAGCCCUUGGGGCAUAAGAGGGGGUGGUGGUGAGACACAGUGGGGCAACUGAGCUUCCUUCCAAAGAGGAGGGAGGAGCCCUGUAGCCUCAAGGGCCAGAUUGGGUUCCUGGUACUAGUAGAAGCCUAGAGAGGGAAGUCUGUAUUUUGAGGAGGUAAUUCAUCCCUAGGAAAUCCAUCAGAAAUUUGGAGGGGGUGCUUGAUCUAUCUCUGGAGGGUCUCUGCCUAUCUCUGAUGAAGCUUCUCUCUGCCACCACCCCCCACCCCGGGUCUGAGAUGGAAGGACCCAGUAGGAAAGGAUUCUGAUACAGCAGGGGCUUCUUGACAAGCCAGAGGGCCACUGGGAGCUGUUGUGGACCAAGCUGGCCCUCCUGGAGUGUACCUUGGACCAACUUCUCAAAAGAACAGCCUUGGGGCUACCCUACUUCUGCCUAGAAGAGGCGGAGAGCCCAGGAAGGGGCUAGCUCCUUCAAGAACUGCUGCUCCCUGGAGGAAGGACUUGGAGGAGGCAGCUAGGCUAAGGGCUGCUGAGAGCCCUUUGUCUCUCCUAACCUGGGCACUGUUAGGAUGCUACCUCCUGGAAAAGGCUUUCCUGGGUGUGAGCUGGCACAGCGCCCAAGCGCUGAACCUGCCACGGUGGGAGUUGAACUAAAAAUUUCUCAGGGAACUAAAAUAGGCAAAAGAGGAACUGGGGGACGGUGGGGGGGGUUGUGGGGGGGGGCGGUGCAAAAGUCUCUUGAAACAGACAGCCCAGUCUGAGUGCCAGUCCCAGACCACAGAGAAUACGGGCCAUCUGGCUCGUGCCCUGCAUACUCACUGCUUUGCCCUGGCACUUUCCUUCCCCACAAUGGAUGUGAGUCCUGGGAGGAUGAGGACUAAUGCCAGCCUUGGGAGCUGAUAGCUGACAGAGUCCUUGGGUAAAUGGGUUGAACCAGGACCUCAGAAUUCCACUCUGGGGAUCUAACUUUGUCUGGGCCUGCGAGGAUCUCCAUAAUGGCAUUAUUGCCAAGAGAUCUGAUCUGUCGGGUGUGGCUUCCUGGAAAAUAUGGUGAGAGGAAUUCUGAUAAGGAUACAGCUGAUAAGAAAGUGGGGAGAUCGAUUAGUAAUGCCUGCCAUGGACUUGGAGGAAGUGGCAGUAUGGAUGCCACAUCUUAAUCUUUUUUUUUUUUUUUUCGUUGUUAAAAUAUGCUUCCCAAAAGAUUUCCAUGUGUGUUUUUGUUUCUUUGACAUCUUUCUCCAUGUCAGUUUUGAAAGCCUUUCGGUGCGUAUAUGUAUGAAGUAUACAUGUGUAUAUGUUUUUUGUGUGUGCAUAUGAAAGCCAGAAAUCACCAGUGGGUGUCUUCCUUCAUUCCUUUGCAAUGUAUUUUUUUAAAUAUUUAUUUCCUUUAUGUUUUGCCUGAAUGCAUGCAUAGGUGCCAUGUGCAUGCCUGUUGGAACACUUGAAACUGGAGUUAUAGGUGGUUAUGAGCUACAACAUGAGGGCUGGGAAUCAAACCCAGGUCUUCUGCAAGAGCAACAACCUAAAAGACAGCUCUUAACUACUUGAACUCUCUUUCCAGCUCC